CUGGACCCACAGGCCGUGCAGACAAAGAACUGGCACAUGGACGUGAUCGAGAUGAAUGGGAUCAAGGUGGAGUUCUCCAUGAAGUUCACAAGCAGAGACAUGAGCCUGAAGAGGACCCCGUCCAAAAAGCAGACCGGUGUCUUCGGGGUCAAAAUCAGUGUCGUGACAAAGCGUGAGCGCUCCAAGGUGCCUUACAUUGUGCGCCAGUGCAUCGAGGAGGUGGAGAAGAGGGGCAUCGAAGAGGUUGGCAUCUACAGGAUCUCUGGUGUGGCCACUGAUAUCCAGGCAUUAAAAGCUGUCUUUGAUGCAAAUAACAAGGACAUCCUGGUCAUGCUGAGUGACAUGGACAUCAAUGCCAUCGCCGGCACGCUGAAGCUGUACUUCCGCGAGCUGCCUGAGCCCCUCCUCACUGACAGACUCUACCCUGCCUUCAUGGAGGGGAUUGCCCUCUCAGAUCCUGCUGCCAAGGAGAACUGCAUGAUGCACCUUCUCCGCUCGCUGCCUGACCCCAACCUCAUCACCUUCCUCUUCCUGCUGGAGCACUUGAAAAGGGUAGCUGAAAAGGAGCCUGUCAACAAAAUGUCUCUCCACAAUCUGGCCACGGUCUUUGGGCCAACACUGCUGAGACCUUCGGAGGGGGAGAGCAAGGGGCACCUCACCCUGGCCUCCGACAUCUGGUCCCACGAUGUGAUGGCCCAGGUCCAGGUCCUCCUCUACUACCUGCAGCAUCCUCCCAUCUCCUUCACUGAGCUAAAACGCAACACACUUUACUUCUCCACGGACGUGUAGCCUGCAGGGAGAAGGCACCAGCUGCAAACACUCCCAGCUCCCUGCCGGGGGACACAGACUGGAUCGCAGCCCCCCAGGGAGACCGGCCCGGACGCGGGACGGUGCCGCCUGCAGCUCCUGUACAAUCGCGUACCAGAGGCCCGGUCCCACCCCAGGCACCGUGCCCCUCUGUAAAGUAGUCGUGUCUUAUGUC